AGAUGUUUACAUAGUAAGGGUUAAAUUACCUCCCUUCCGUAAUCCCUGCAGGCUGAAACAAGAAUAUCUCCCUACUUGAGUACGAGGGGUUUUCGCUGUGGAAAACACUGAAUAGUAGGAGUUUUAUGGCUUUUAGGAAUGUACAAUUAACAUCAUAGGCCAUACAGCGAAUGCCCCUUUAGGAGGAGAAUCAUAACAGGGAGACGGGUGAGGUGCUAAAUUACAAUCAAGAGGUUGGAUUUCAUUAUUUCAUCAGUGUUAAUCAGCAUGGAAAUAGGACUGAAAAUCGAGCCCGGUUCAGUGAGAUCUCUUAGUGCAGUAACUGCAUCAGAACUUGGCAUGACUAUAAACCUUGAAACCAGCCCCGUAUCUUCAACAGUUCCCAGCCAGGUAGUACAGACUGGACAGAAAGCGUCGUUGAUAAAUCAAAUUGCUGCCCAGCUUGCCAGUAGUAAAGCCUCACAGUCACAAACCUCGCCUACAAAUGUUGCAAUCGCGCCUGCACCCGUGGCGAACGGAAACGAUAAGAGUAAAAAUCCAAUUGUGGCCACAAUGACAGAGGCAUUGUCAUUGAAACAGUCGCCGACAUUAACAAAACAGUUGUCAAAACCUGUUGGUGGUUCGUCAUCCGGAAUGCAGGUCAUCACUCAGUAUAUGUGUCGUUACUGUGGUCAACAGUUUGAAUCCACAAAUGAUAUGCAACUUCACAUUCAGGAACACGUCUCUGGAAAAGCACCACAUGAAUGCUCAGUGUGUGGUAAAACAUAUCGUACGCCGUCCAAGUUACAGCGCCACGUCCGUGUGCACAGCGGAGAACGUCCUUACGCCUGCUCUAUAUGUGGCCGAAGAUUUACACGAAGUGACCACGUGAAGCAACAUAUGAAAGUUCAUUGCCAGCCAAAAGAUGCAAACGUAUGUCACAUAUGUAAUGAUAUGAAGUUCAGCAGACGGCAAGCUUUACAUCUUCAUCUACAGCAGCAACAUUUAAUGCAGCAGGUAUUUACAUGUCACAGAUGCGGGGAAGCCUACGAAUCAUUAGAAGAAAUGCAAUCUCACAAGUUAACACAUGACACUGUGUUGAACAGUCUGAAGGACAAUGCAAGCUUUCAGCCAUCCCAGAAUUCUAUAGCAAAAUUUGCUCUGGGUCAGCAGAAGAAUGAACAAGGAAUGAACAAAUAUGAUACAAUUAAAACCGAGGAGGAUACAAAAUCUACAGGCAUCGUUCUCAAAGUACCGAACAACAAUGGUUUUUACAUCCCUGCUAAUUUAGACAAUGUGUCAGCCCUCAGUAGUAAACUUCUCAUGGAGGGGAUGGAAAGGAUGGCUAAAGAAGCCGCGGAAUUAGAAGUCCAGAAGAAAUAUCAAGAAGAGCUUGAACAACUCAAUGCUGAUGCUCAGAAGUUUGCGUUACAACAGCAGAAAAUCAUUGAAGAUGCAGAACGAGCCAAAAUUGCUGAAUGCUUCAGAAUCAAAGCUUCUACACCAAGUCAUUCUCCUAACCUUGGCGAGCCGAAGUUGGUCAUAAACGAGUCAGCCGAUUCUAGUUUGGAGAUUGUAGCUGGAAAAGAGACGACAACGGUUGUCAAUGGGGACGGAAUGUCCAUGUUCAUGUUACCUACAUCACUGCAGUUUAAUAACAAAGACGUGGAGAAAAGCGAGUCAGAAAUGGAAGCUGAUGAUACAGAAAGUGAACAAAACUCAUCCAAAGACUCUGUUGGUAUUAAUCGUGAAGGAGAUGGUGAGAAAAGUGAAGGUGACAGCAGUGAAAAAAUGGAUUGUUCCGACGAUACAGGAAGUAACGUAGCCGGAGAAUCAACUGAAGACAAUGCACGAUCAAAGGAGGGAAAAAUCUCAUCGCCGGCGGAAGGUUAUACAAAGCCGUGUCCAAAGUCAAAGAAACCAGGUUACGUAGCCCCAGUUACUCAAAGCACUGAAACAAAAACUGUUUCCAGUGAGGACUAUCAGAGUACAGCCCCGAAGCCAAUGUUGUCACUACUAAAUCCACGAAUAAAUGAGCUAAUUAAAGCAAAAGUUGAGCAUAAUUUGAGCCAAAGUCAAAACCAAACAACUUUUAUUGUAACAAACCCGGCAGCUAAUCAACAACUACCGAAACUGACUUUCAUACCAAAUGUGGGCGGGAACAAGUAUACUCCAAUCGCUAAUUUACCAACAAUCUUGCCAGCUCCGAGCCUGAGUGCUCCUGCCUUCGUACCCUCGGUUACUUUGUCCACUCAACCGGCUGCUCAAAAGGCAAGGUCGGACACGCCAAAGCUUAUCAAAUGUGAUCAUUGUUGUAUUUAUUUCGAAGACAAUGCCAUGAGCAUGCUGCACAACACUCUUCACUCGGCCGACAAUGCCGACCCGUUCACUUGUAGGAAAUGCUACAAGAAGCUUGGAAACCGGCUCGAGUUCAUGGCUCAUAUGGUAUGGCAUCUAGAACCAAACAUGGAUAUUUAGAUUUAUUCUACAAAUACUAUAAUGCUAUCCUCUAAAAACGUUAAUGUAAUAUAGGUAAGUUGCAGGCAAUUUUUAAGCCUGGAUUUUUUUUGUUUUCCUGAAAUUAGUUUUUGAUUAUCCAAAUGUGGUAACAAGUAUUGAUAUCAGUUUGUUGAUAGCAAGGUGCUUUCUUGUUUGCCUUUAAUAGUAUGUAUUUAAGAUAUGAAAUACAAAGAUUUUGUGCAAUUUUAUUUCAUAUAGAUUAGUGGGUGGCAUACAUAGUUUUAGGGGAUGUAUUUAUUUUUUGUUGUUAUUGAUUUAUGUUGUUUUUCUUCUGUUUCCUAAUACUCAAGUUAUGACGGAAAGCUUUGAAUGUUUGGUGUCACAUUUACAGUACUGUAUAGUACUAUAUAUAGAAAGUGGUGUCACAUCAUUGCUGUGUGUUACAUAUACUGCAUUAUCUGUUAUUCAUAAAGAUAAAAAAAAUGUGUCACAAUUACAGAAAACACUGUCACUAAGUAAGAUUGAAAUGCGUCACAUUUAGUGCAAACGUAAUCAUUUUAAUAAUUAUGUAAUAUCAAACUGUGUCACAUUUUCUGUGAAAUGAUUGUUCUAUAUUAUUUACUGUUAAUUUGUUACACAUUUACAAUUUAUAAUGAUAUAAUUUGAGACAAAAGUAUGUCACAGAAUAUAUUUUGUUUUGUUAUCAUCAUUUAUGACAUAAGCAUGUCACAUUAAAAGUUGUUACUUGUUUACCUUGUAAGACAAAAAAAGAUGUCACAUAAAGUUUGUACAUUAUUAUCAUGUAAGGCACAGGCAUGUCACAUAAAUAUGGAAUAAGUUAAUCAUAUUUUUUCACUGUCAUCACAUUGAUGUCACAUUUACUGACUACAUUGUUAUGUUACCGUGUAUACUAAAAUUAUGAACUGUUAAUGUUUGUUAUAAGCAUGUAAUAAUGUUUGUUAUAAGCAUGAAAAUGUGUAAAAAUACUUGUAAAAUCAAACUUGGGGUAUAGGCUGUUUAUAUUUGGUAAUAGUAUUGUCAAAGGUUUAAAGAUGUUAAUAAUGCACGGAAGGGCACCUGAGGUCUUCCUCCACCAGUUAAAGCUUGAACGUCGCGAUAUGACCUAUACUGUGUCGAUGUGACGUAAAACCCAAGACAAACAAACAAAAGAUGUUAAUAUGUAGGGUUCGAAAGUGACAACCUUUGCCACCAGUAUUAAGCUAGGUUACCCAUGCAGUUCUUACAAGACUUUAUACAGUUGGCAGCUCAAAUCUUGUAUUUUGAUUAUGAAAUCCUUUUAUUGUUUGAAAUGGCCUCCUCCAAAUUCAAAGUAGGGUGAAUCCAUUACAGGUAGUCAGCACGUUAAAGGGACUCGAUUGAGGAUUUUUUACAUGUUGGUACUUGAAAUAAUUUUGCGAAAUAAAUGUUUCAUUUGUUGUAGGUCUAGACCAAUAACUUGUGUGCAAAAUUUCAGAUCAUUUGCUUACUCUGUUUUUGCUAAUUAAUUAUUGUAAUUGUGAAAAAAAGUUGGUGAAGAAUAGCAUAAAAAUAGGAUUUUCAUUUUAUUUCUAAGUAUAUUUCUUAAUUUUUUGCAUAUUUUUCUGUUUUAAGUACCACAGCUGACCUAUGUAAGGAAUUCAAAUUUUAUGUUUUUAGGCUUUUGGACCUCAGUGGAGUUACUUUAAGAUUAUUCCAUAUGUUUAAAAAAGAAAAAUGGGAUUUAAAAAAAAAACAUCCAUUUUUACAACUGGAAAUGAGUGUUGUUUGAGACUCUUUUAAUGGUUUAAACUUUUUCUGAUUUGAACUUCAAAUGAAUCAAGUUGUUGAUGGAAUACAUUCUCCUUAUUGCGACUUAAAUGAAUCAAGUUGAUAAGCCAACAGUAUAGAGUCAGGUCCGAUUGGUGUUCUGGUCACAAAUGGCAUAAUGUCAUUUUUAGCUUGUAGCACUUUUAAUGGUUCAAAUGUAUUGUGCAAUGGUAGAGCUUUUAUUUUUACUGCUUUGGUAGAAAGAAAUUAUAUGUUAUAUGUUUUCAACAACAAAAGUCUGUGAUGUCAAAAUUUUUUUUAUUAAUGAAAAUGUCCAUGCUAUAUUUGUUAAAGCUUUGAGUUGAAAUUGUUUGCUUUUUGCUUUCUUUAGUAAUGAACAAAUUAAGUUGAAAAGGUUAUCUGGUUGUUUCAUGAUUUUCUUUUAUUAUAUAAAAUAUUUAAUGUUUUCUCGUUGAUUAACCUCAUAACCUCCAUUGGAAAAACUUGUGAAGCUUAUAUAAACCUAUCAUGAUUACCUCCCUUAGCAAAAAAAAUCAUAAUACAUGUAAAAUACAAUUUUAUUCUUCAAUUCAUAUUAAUAUUCUGGCUUCCUUCGAUUUUGACAUCGAAAUCAGUUAGAAAUACCAGCCAAAUGAGAUGAACAAAAUUCUUGGGACAAAAAACAACUGUCGACAGGUUUUUUUUUGUUUAUGAAAAAAAAUAUAACUUUCUUUAUAAUUUUUUUUUUAAAGUACUUUUACACCAAGUACAAGCUUUUAGAAGUAGUUAUUUUCUAAAAAUGUGAUAAUUGAUGGAAUUUUGAUACAUGUACAUACAGAUAAUUAUUAAUUCCGUUAUUCUUCUAAGUUUUGAAUAAUAUAUUCUCGGCCAGUUUAUUUAUUGAAAACAUUAUAUACUUUUUAUUUAUUUUAUAUGAACUAUAUUUCAAAUA